UCGGCUAAAAAUGAGAUACUAAUAUACUAAUUUUAUUUAUUAGUUCAUGGUUUUAUUUCCGUUUCGAUGAAAAUUUUAAAAUUCGUGCCAGAUUUUAGUUUCAUUCCAGUUGAAAGAACGCAAACAACGUACAACCAAGAAGGUGAGCGGCAGUCGGGAGUAAUAAAAUUGUUGAACAUUUUUUGAAAAGAUCCAAAAGCCAAUCGAAGUAUUUUCCGUUUUUUAUUUUUGUUUUUUGCUUAGACCUGCGGCGCAUUCGAAAGUAAAAAGUUGUGCAUACACCUACACCUACAACUUACUUUUACAAAAUGAAGUCAAUAUUAAUAUUUGCGUUCAUUGGUGCCUGCAUAUCAACAGCAUUUGGCAUUGAAUGCUACGAUUGUGAGUCUGCGACUGAUGCUCGUUGCAAUCAAUAUUUCGAGCCUGAAGGAGUCCGUACAACCGAUUGUGAUGACGCGGAUAUGCCAGAAUAUUUGCAUAAGUACGAGCGUCGCAUAGCAGCCACUGGCUGUUUAACGAAGGUGCACGAAGGCUUUGAUGGUCGCCGAUUUUAUAUUCGUCGUAGCUGCUACUUCGGUGACCCAGAAAAUACUGACGAAGCUUGUGAUGCUCAGGAUCCAUUUGCGCCAUGGGCGACUUUGCUUUCAUGUACAGUCUGUACGGAUGAUUUGUGCAACGUAAAUGCGAUCAAUACAGCUCAGCACAGCGUUAGUGUGUGGCGAAAACUUACUUUGCUCGGACUAACUUUGACAGCAAUGGCUUUAAGUCCAAUUUGUAUACUGUUUUAAUUAUUUCUUUAAUGAAAUCCAUGUAGUGUGUGUACAUAAUU